ACACCAGCAGAUAUACUACCAGUAGUGAGUCAAUUCGGUGAGUCGAUAAGAGUCGAGUCGCUCACAAAACAUAUAGUUGUGUAUACAUUGCUGCUGCAGCACUUUAAAGUUUAAACCCUCGACAAGAAAAGGGGUCAAGGCAUUUGAGUGAGCAAUGGCUGCAAGUUCUGGUCUUUGGCAACUUCCUUCCACUAAAUCUCUUUUUUGUACCUCCAAAUUUGCUCAAGUGCGUAAUGUGGUAUUUAACCCGAAGAUGGCCGUUUGUCGGGGUAUUCAGACUAUUGCUUACACGAUUGUCAAUGGAAGCUAUGUGCAAAAGGCACCAAGUGAGCUCCAGGACAAAGUGAAGGACAAAACUUUGAUAACAGUUGAUUCUGUUGGGGCCUUUCAAAAGCUACCUAUGGUAAUGCCUUCAGUUGAUGUUUUUUAUUCGGCAAUGAAAAAAGCGAAGAGGGUGCCACCGACAAAGGGGAUUGCUAAUAUUGCAAAACGGGAGAGAAACAAAGGGGCAAAACAACUUGAUACAUUGAUGAAGGAGCUGGCUGUCUCGUUAAGAACAUACAAGGAAAACUUUCCGAAAAAACACCAUUUACAUCCUUAUGAAAGAUCACUUGUUGAUUUGACACUUGGAGAUGGAAACUAUGAAGAGGUGUUGAAAAAAGUUGAUGCUUUAAGAAAGAAAGUGGUAUCGGUUGGAAAGGAACAUGCCUCCCUGUGCGCCCAGUCUUCAACUAAGAAAGAGGCACUAGAAAGAUUAGAUGAGGGGAUGAAUAGCCUCGAAGAAAUUUUUAAAAGUCAAGGCAAAGCAGUUGACGAGUUGUUGAAUAUAGCAAAGGCUUUGCGAGCAAUGCCAGUAGUUGAUCUGGAGACACCAACACUUUGUCUUGUUGGAGCUCCUAAUGUUGGAAAAUCAUCUUUGGUUCGCCUUCUUUCUACAGGAAAGCCUGAGAUCUGCAACUAUCCUUUCACUACCAGAGGAAUUUUAAUGGGUCAUAUUCAUUUAACAGACCAAAAUUUUCAGGUGACUGACACACCUGGUAUCUUGAGGAGGCGGGAUGAGGACAGAAACAAUUUAGAAAAGUUGACGCUGGCUGUCCUCUCUCAUUUGCCAACUGCUGUACUGUAUGUCCAUGAUCUGUCUGGAGAAUGUGGAACCUCACCUUCUGAUCAGUAUACCAUUUACAAAGAAAUUAAAGAAAGAUUUGGUGAUCAUCUUUGGAUAGAUGUUGUCUCCAAAUGUGAUCUACUGCAAGAUUCCCCUGUUGUUUACAUUACAGAAGAUAGUACUGCUGACAAUACUGAGCUGGCUAUAUACCGGAAAAUGGGCCCUGCUGGAUCCUUGCGUGUUUCAGUAAUGAGUGAAGUGGGGAUUGACGAGUUGAAGAGUAGGGUGCAUGCAAUGCUGGUUUCUCAAUUAAAGAGAAUCAAAAUCCAGGAUAGCAAAGAAGAAAGAGUUGAAGAUCCAAAACGUUUUUUGUGACAGAAUUAUUUUUUUCAUUAACAGUGGAAGAAAUACAGCAGACUCAUAGGCAUGGCUUCAGCUUGGUUCAUUUCCAGUACAUCUCAAGGUAUUGUAGCCUUUAUGCUGCCUGCAGCUGACAAAAAUAUCGGAGCAUACGCUUAAUGUAAAUAUUUAUUUAUGUACUUCAGCAUGUUUAUCUAAAUAGCAGAGAAGAAUUGUGUUCUAGGGUUUUAGGCCUCUGUUGGGUUUUAGGCUUUAAUGAAUGAACAGGGCAUUUUGACUUUGUUCAUGAUAAGCAUAGUUCUGCCGCUCUUGGUACUCAGAUCCAGCAAUUAAUUCAUAAAAAAACACUAUUUAUGUUAUUGGCGAAAAUCACAGCCUAUUACCUAUGAAAUUAAUGUUGCGAGUGUUCAGUGUUCUUUUGCUAGGCUUUUCAUUUCUAUUGUGCUGGAACCUGAAGUUUGAAAGUCAGGGAAGAAAUAUAUUUAUAAAAGAGUACGUUAAUUUUCUUCAA